CAGAGACGGGCCUGAACCUCGGCGGCACCGCCCGGGGUCCGCCGCUCCGGGUCUCCCCGCCUCUCCUAGCCCUGCUACCCCCAGAGUCCGAUGGCGGCGGCGGUGGCGGCGGCGCUGAGGGAGCAGCCUCAGGGUAGUGUGACCUUUCCAGAUGUUGCUGUGUACUUCUCCUGGGAGGAAUGGAGGCUCCUUGAUGAGGCUCAGAGACGCCUGUAUCUGGAUGUGAUGCUGGAGAACUAUGCACUUAUAUCCUCACUGGGUUGCUGCUGUGGAACAGAGAAUGCAGAGGCACCUUCUGAACAGAUCACUUCUCUACGAGUGUCACAGGCUAGGACUCCGAAGGCAGCUUUGUCUACUCAGAAGAUGAACCCUUGUGAGAUUUGUGGUCCAGUUUUCCGCUUGGCUGAGCACCAUGAAACACAACACAUCCAGAAACUGUUGAGGUGUGGAGCAUGUGUGAAACAAUUCUGUUUUAGUGCAAACUUUCAGCAGCACCCGGAGCAGCACAUGGGAGAGAAAACCCUCAGAAGCAGUGUGGACAAGGCCUCGUUUGUGAAGAGCUGCAGCUUCCAUGUGUCACAGAAGCCAUUUACCUGCAGGGAUUUUGAAAAGGACUCCCUGACCAUCAUGGUUCACCUGCAGCAACAAGCUGUGAAGAAGCCAAACAUAGUCACUCAGUGCGAGUCAACCUCACAUGGCAGGAAAAGUCAUCACACAUGGGAAGAAUGCAAGAAAGUCCUUAGUCCCCCACGUACACUUGUUCAGGACGAGGUUGUCCGCACUGGAAGACCUUGUUUUGUGUGCAGUGAAUGUGGGAAAGCAUUCAGGUACAAAUCCUCAUUUGUUGUGCACCAGAGAGUCCACGCUGGAGAAUGGAUUCAUGUGUGUGGUGAAUCUGGAAAAUCCUUCAGGCAAAGCUCAACCCUGUGUCAACAUCAAAGCAUUCAGACUGGGGCAAUGCAGUACAAGUGCAGCAAAUGUGGGAAAUUCUUAAGCCACAAAUCUGUCCUCAUUUCUCCCCACACAUGGCACAGUGGAGAAAACAGUUAUGUGUGUAGUGAAUGUUCGAAAUCUUUUACCUCUAGCUCAGCCCUCACUUACCAUCAGAGAUCUCACACAGGAGAAAGGCCUUAUGAGUGUAGUGACUGUGAGAAAUCUUUUGUCUCUAGGCCUGCCCUCAGGUAUCAUCAGAGAUCUCACACAGGAGAACGGCCUUAUGCAUGCAGUCAAUGUGGGAAGACUUUUACCACUAGCUCUAACCUCCAUUAUCAUCAAAGAGUUCACACUGGAGAAAGGCCUUAUGAAUGUAGUGAAUGUGGAAAAUCUUUUAACAAUAGGUGGGUUCUCAUUCAACAUCAGAGAGUUCACACAGGAGAAAGGCCUUAUGAGUGUACUGAGUGUGGGAAAUUGUUUAAGUAUGGAUCCCAAUUGAAUCAACACCAGAAAGCCCACACUGGUGAAAAGCCUUUUAAGUGCACUGAAUGUGGGAAGUCUUUUAACAAUAGGUGGACACUCAUUCAACACUGGAGAGUCCACACCGGAGAAAGGCCUUUUGAGUGCAGUGAAUGUGGGAAGUCCUUUAAUCGAAGAAAUAACCUCAUCUUACACCAGCGAAUUCACACAGGAGAAAGGCCUUAUGUGUGCAAUGAAUGUGGGAAAUCUUUUACCUUUAGCUCUAGCCUUCGUUAUCAUCAGAGAGCUCACACUGGAGAAAGACCCUAUGAGUGCAGUGAAUGUGGGAAAUCUUUUAUCUCUAGGUCUGAUCUCCAUUAUCAUCAAAGAGUUCAUUCUGGAGAAAGACCAUAUGAGUGUAGUGAAUGUGGGAAAUCCUUUAUCCAAAGAAAUAACCUCAUAAUACACCAGAGAAUUCACACAGGAGAAAGGCCUUAUGAGUGCAGUGAAUGUGGUAAAUCUUUUACUUGUAGUUCCACUCUCCAUUAUCAUCAGAGAGUUCACACUGGAGAAAGGCCUUACGUGUGCAGUGAAUGCGGAAAAUCUUUUAUUACCACAUCCAAACUGCGUUGUCAUCAGAAAGGUCAUAUUGGAGAAAGGCCUUAAGAGUGCACUGAAUGUGGAAUAUCUUUUGUAGGAAAAACCUAACCCUUUUCAACAUCAGAGUUCACACAAAGGCAUAGAUAUGCAGGAAAUGUGGUUUCAGCAUUCAGUUUAAGGGCACUGGAGGAAACUUUCUGAGGAGCCAUCUGUCUUAAUUGACUUUCAUCCAUUUGCACAUAAACAGUGAGAGAAUCCCUG